GCACUUUCCUCCUGUGGCGAGGCAAGGACCUCCGGGAUUCCUAGAGAGGACUCGGAAGUGCUCUCGUGGGGGCCGGGGGUGGGAUUUCUGGCUCUACCCCGGCGGUCAGGAAAGCUUGGACAUGCUUACUUCCGGCGAGGGAGUGUUGCGAAGUGUCGGCUUCGGCUUUUCUCUCCGCUUGUAAGAAGAAACCGGUCUUUCCCCACCCUUGGCUGCGGGAGCUUGGUCUUCUAGGAGAGCUCCCAGAGACGGGGGCCUUGAGCAAAAGAAAUGGCCUUUGUGUCUAGUCGAGAGUCCUGUCUCUAACCUUGACCAGUCUGGUUUCUGUGGCUCGGGGUCAGGGGCGAUGGUGCGCAAUCCAGGUAAACCCUGGUUCUCUUCGGGACCCUUGAAAUCUCCCGUUGGUCAACCAAGCUCUUUUGGCUUGAGGGACAAGACCAACUUUGACCACUGUAACGUUUUUGACCUCUGUUCCGACUCAAGUUUGGCUUGUGGUAGAGAGAAGGAGCGGCUGCGUCUGGACUAGUUAUAGGUUGCAUAGUAAUGAAGGUGUCCUUCAGAAGAUCUGAGAGAGCAGAGAAACGGAUUCGAUCAGUGUAACCCAGCUUACCUGGAGCGAGAUCCCGCUGAGUUGGAAUGAUAAUGACAGGAUCUGGGGAAGUUAUAGACCUAGACCCUCCCUCGGAGACUUCACCAGAGCAAGAAGACCUUCUGAUAGUGAAGGUGGAAGAAGAAGAUUGCACCUGGAUGCAGGAGUACAGUCCGCCGGCGUUCGAGACUUUUUACCAGCGCUUCAAGCACUUCCAGUACCACGAGGCGUCAGGCCCCCGGGAGGCCCUCAGCCAGCUCCGGGUGCUCUGCUGUGAGUGGCUGCGGCCAGAGCUACACACCAAGGAGCAGAUCCUGGAGCUCCUGGUGCUCGAGCAGUUCCUGACCAUCCUGCCUGAAGAGUUCCAGACCUGGGUGAGAGAGCAUCACCCGGAAAGCGGAGAGGAGGCUGUGGCCGUGGUAGAAAAUAUACAAAGAGAACUAGAGGAACGUCAGCAACAGGUCCACUGUGGAGAUUUCCUGCCACUCCAGCAAAGAGAAGCAGUAUCCAUGUGUUAAUCUGGAGAAGAGAGUCUGCGAUUUUGUUUGUUUUAAAUUACCCUGUUUGUUUUUUGAGUGACAUGAUACAAAAUUCAAAAAGUGCAUAAGGUUGUAAUGAAAAAUUGUGGCGUGUCCUGAAGGGCUUCCUCCGAAGAGCGUGCCACCUGGAGCCAGGCCUGAGUCCUUCAGUCACCAGCUUCUGCCUGUGGAUCCCCAGGCUGAACAUGAGCCACAGAGGCCUCAUCUUCUGGAGGAAGACGCGCUUCCUGCUCUCCAAGUUUCCUCCCUUCCCCUGAAGGACAGCCAGGAGCUGACAGCCUCGCUCCUCUCCACUGGGUCCCAGAAGUUGGUGAAAAUUGAAGAUGUGGCGGACGUGGCUGUGUCCUUCAUCCUGGAAGAAUGGGGACAUUUGGACCAGUCCCAGAAGUCCGUCUAUAGGGAUGACCGGAAGGAGAAUUACGGGAGUAUGACUUCCAUGGAUUAUGAGUCCAGAAAUGACAACGUGGAACUCACAGUAAAGCAGAUUUCUGAUGAAGCUGAAUCAUCCUGGAUGACUUCAGGAGGCCCUGAAAGAAUUGUUCCCCUGAGUCAAGAGUUUGGAGAAGUAAGCGACCUUCACAGCAUGGUAGAAAGGUGGCAGGUCCACCCACCAGUGGGGAGAUCAAGGCAAACCCCUCCCCAGAAGAGAGAGCUCAGGGCCAUCACCGACGUGACCCGGAAGCCACCCACCAGCGGCGAGAGGGGGCACAGGUGUAAUGACUGUGGGAAGUUCUUCCUGCAGGCUUCCAACUUCAUCCAGCACCGGCGAAUCCAUACGGGCGAGAAGCCCUUCAAAUGUGGCGAGUGCGGGAAGAGCUACAACCAGCGUGUGCACCUCACCCAGCACCAGCGUGUCCACACCGGCGAGAAGCCCUACACGUGCCAGGUGUGCGGCAAGGCCUUCCGUGUCAGCUCCCACCUGGUCCAGCAUCACAGCGUGCACAGCGGCGAGCGGCCCUACGGCUGCCCUGAGUGCGGGAAGAGCUUCGGGCGCCACUCGCACCUGAUCGAGCACCUCAAGCGCCACUUCAGAGAGAAAUCCCAAAGAUGCGGCAAUAGAAGAGGUAAGAAUACAAAACUGAAUGUUAAGAAGAAAAUUUCAGAGUUUUCAGAAGCGGACAUGGAACCCACAGGUAGACUCCAAAGAAAUGUGUCUCCAGUUCAAGAUUUUGGAGAAGGCCACGAGCACCAGGGCAAGUUGGAGAGAAAGCAGGGAAUGCCCAUCAAGGAGAUACUAGGACAGCCCUCUUCAAAGAGGAUGAAUUUCAGCGAAGUCACCUAUGCCCACAAAAAGCCCUCCACUGGAGAGAGACCCCAUAAAUGUAAUGAAUGCGGGAAGAGCUUUAUUCAGAGCGCACAUCUUAUCCAGCAUCAGCGAAUACACACCGGGGAGAAACCAUUUAGGUGCGACGAGUGUGGGAAAAGCUACAAUCAGCGUGUGCACCUGACUCAGCAUCAGCGGGUCCACACUGGGGAGAAGCCCUACACCUGCCCCUUGUGUGGGAAAGCCUUUAGAGUGAGGUCCCACCUGGUUCAGCAUCAGAGUGUGCACAGCGGGGAGAGGCCCUUUAAGUGUAACGAGUGUGGGAAAGGCUUUGGGAGACGUUCACACCUUGCUGGGCAUCUGAGGCUCCACUCGAGAGAGAAGCCCCACCAGUGUCAUGAAUGCGGAGAAGUCUUUUUUCAGUACGUUAGCCUCAUUGAACACCAGGUGCUCCACAUGGGCCAGAGAAAUGAACAGAAUGGUGUUUGCGAGGAAGCAUACAGCUGGAACUUAACGGUGAUCGAAGAUAAGAAGCUUGAGUUGCAAGAGCAGCCUUAUAAGUGCGACGUGUGUGGCAAAGCCUUUCAUUAUAGUUCAGACCUCAUUCAGCAUUACAGAACUCAUACUGCAGAGAAAACCUAUACAUGUGAUCUGUGUGGAGAAAGCAUCGGCCAGUGUCCCCACAUCAAACAACAUCCUAAAAGCUAUUCCAGCCUGAAAGCCCAUCAGUGUAAUGAAUGUGGCAGAGGCUUCACUCUGCAGUCACAUCUCAAUCAACAUCAGAGGAUCCACACUGGUGAGAAACCCUUUCAGUGUAAAGAAUGCGGCAUGAGUUUCAGUUGGAGUUGUAGCCUCUUUAAACAUCUGAGAAGUCACGAGAGGACAGAUCCCAUAAAGACCUGAAGUGUCUAGAGGUUCCUAUCGUAGAACAGCUCUUACACAAUUUUAGAGACGCCUUCCUGAAGAGUAACCCUAUUCCUAUAACGAAUGUAGUCACAACCUCAAGCAUCUUCUUCAGCAUAGCCAUCAAACCUACAGAUAUGCUGAGAUCCUUCAGUUAGAACUUAGGACACUGGAACAUCCACAGCAAGUACACAUCUGCUUUCCCAGUGGGAAAUGCUUUCGCUUACGUGUUCAUGUGCGAGAGUCUAGAUGGAAGAGAACGAUAUGGUGGGUGGGGGGAGGCCCUCAGAAGGCACUCAUUCUUCACGUGAAUCUCAGAACAUUGACACUGGGAGAAGCCUCAUGAACUCAGUAGAAAUAAGCUUCAUUUGUAGUUUCUGCCUUGUUUGACAGCUAAUCUGUUCAGGGAAGAGCACAGUGAAAGAGAGAAAUUUCAGCAUGAUCUUGGUGUUGGUAUCUCAGCAACGAAAUUUAGCGGUAAUGCCAGCCACUGGAAUGCUCCAGGUGUCAUUCCCAUGUUGAGUAUUUUAAAACCUUUGAAAAGAAAUUGAUUUUUAAAGUAUUUAUAUCUGGGCAAAAACGAGGUUCAGAGGCUAGAUGGUAUGUGUUCUUACUGCCUUAUUCAGUCAACAGCUUCUCCAUGAAACACACUCUACCUUUUUGUUUUGUCUUUGAUUCUCCUGGCACCACGAUUAGCUAGUAGAAAAGAAGUUAUGUUUGUAAAUUCAGGAGAAGCUGUGUUGAUCUGUCUCGUCUUAGGGAGAGGGGAGUGGGACCUUUGGGUAAUAGAGCUGAUAGGCCAGGCUGUGGACUGUUUUUUGUUGUUACCACACAAAUGAGGGUGGCUUUAUCCACAGAAGGAGUUGGGCCAAAUUGAAUUGAGAAUUGAGUUGUGGCCCAAGCAGUAUGUGCGCUAACUCCCAGUUGCCCUGAAAUGGAUCUCCCCCAUAGGACAGUGGAUAAAGAAUGAGUUUCAACUUGGGUUGCUACUGGAUUUGAAAGGAAACAUUCAUAGAAGCAGGGAGGUCCUGGUCUGGUGCGCCCUGCCUUUCAGGUCUCAGAAGGAGUGGUGGGGAAAGAUGAUGACAUGGAGGAGGGUUAACCGGAACCUGUUUGCUAGAGAGAUGUUGAAAGGCUUUUGGGCACUGCUGAAGUCCUGCUUCUGCUGAUGGCCUGAAUUACAAUAAACACCUAAUGAAUACCUGUUCA